ACCGCAUAAUCCAUAAUAAAAGUUAAAUAGUAAUACCAGUACCCACUGUUAUGUUCUGACUAUUAAUUAUUAUAAGUUAGAAUUUAUUUUGAUUUGACUAAUUAAUAUAUUUAAAUUAUAGAGAUUUGUUGAUUAAUUUGUAUUUUUAAUUAAAAUCUAUUAGGCCGUUUGAUACUUGGAGAGAUAAAAAUGGGAAAAACAAAAAAGAAGCAUUCUAAAAAAACAAAGAAAGAAAAGUCUCUUGAUGGAGGAAUCAAGAAAUCUAAACAAGUGUUGGCAGACUAUGAUCCUACUGGUCCAGUUAUAUUGUCUGGCUCUUUACUGUCUUUUAGGGAUCUUAAACCAUUACAAAUUCCUGAAAAGGAUCUUGCAGGAAGAUGUCGCUUUGUUGGAGAGUUUGAAAAAUUGAAUAGAAUAGGUGAAGGAACUUAUGGUGUUGUGUAUCGCGCUAAAGACUCAAAGGCUCCGGGUGAAAAAAUUGUUGCCUUGAAAAAAGUACGAAUGGAAAAUGAAAAAGAAGGUUUACCGAUGAGUGCACUUCGGGAAAUAUCAUUGUUGUUGAAAUGUGAUCAUGAAAAUAUUGUCCGUCUGCAAGAAGUUGUGGUUGGUAGAAGUUUAGAUAGCAUAUUUCUUUCAAUGGAAUAUUGUGAACACGAUUUAUCUAGUUUAUUAGACAAUAUGGCUACUGCAUUUACAGAAUCACAAGUAAAAUGUAUAGUCCUGCAGCUGUUGAAAGGAUUGAAAUAUUUACACUCAAAUUUUAUUAUUCAUCGGGAUCUUAAAGUAUCCAAUUUGUUGAUCACAGACAAAGGAUGUGUUAAAAUAGCUGACUUUGGAUUAGCCAGAUUUUUUGGGGUGCCACCAAGAAAAAUGACUGCUAAAGUAGUGACACUCUGGUAUAGAGCUCCGGAAGUGUUGUUGGGAUCUCCAAAGUUGACAACAGCCAUUGAUAUGUGGGCAACUGGGUGUAUAUUUGCAGAACUUUUACUCCAUAAACCACUAUUACCAGGGCGCACUGAGAUUCAUCAACUAGAUUUAAUAUGUCAACUUCUUGGUACACCAAAUGCAUCUAUAUGGCCCGAAAUCGAUACACUUCCUGCUUUAAAACAUUUUACUUUAAGACCUCAACCUUACAACAACAUUAGACCAAAGUUUCCGUGGUUGUCAGAUGCUGGUAUACGCUUAUUAAACUUUUUAUUUAUGUAUGAACCAAGCAGGAGAGCUACAGCUGAAGAAUGUCUGCAGAGUUCAUAUUUUGUUGAAGCGCCAUUGCCUUGCGAUCCAAAAUUAAUGCCUACAUUUCCUCAACAUCGUAAUUUAAAAUUAAAAAAACCGACAAAUCAACCAAAAGUUUGCCAGACUAUACCACCAAUUGUACCAUCACUUUCAGAUUUAUUAAGUUGGAAAUGAGAGGAAACUAAAAAAAAAGAAGAUAACAUUAAAAAAAAUUCAAUAUACACUAGUGUUAAGCAAGCAACAUAUUUUUACUUUAAUAUCGAUUAAAUACUUAAGCCUAAUGCUUUUUAUAAUAACACAAAUAUAACAAAAUUUUACAAAUA